GCUUGUCUGGUAUGCCUUUUAUACUAUACAUUUAGAGCUGCCUUGAACAUAGACCCGAAGAGUACUUCUGAGUGCCCCACCAUCAGCCGAGGGUGAGAUACUGAGUGAAGUUGAAGAUGUUUCCGGCUCGCGAUUUUCCGCCAUAGCCGGGAGCCUAACUCUUGACAUUGCGUCUCCUGUUCUCUCUCUUCACAGUAUCGGCAUUUCUUCUCUUGCUCUGCUUGAUUAUCUCGAGAAACGACUUUGUGAUUACGACAACUCCUGCCAGAAUGUCAUCCGGAAACGACAACGGAAUCGUCUUGUACCAUUACAGUUUCUCGCCGUACGCUCGUAGGGUGGUGUGGUAUUUAGCAUUACGAGGCAUCUCGUAUGCGCAAUGUAUGCAACCGCCCCUUCUACCUCGCCCAGACCUCAACCUGUUAGGCGUCAACUACCGCCGCAUCCCCGUCCUCACUCUCGGUCGCGACAUCUACCUCGACACCCGUCUCAUCAUAUCCAAACUCGAAACACACUUCCCAUACUCCACAGCAUUCCCUUCCGUCCGCACCGCCUCCUCACCACUCCUCACCCCAACGCCAAAUUUGACGCCCGACCAACGCGCACUCAGUGCUCUCUUAUCCCGUUGGACUAUUGACUCGGGCAUCUUCGCGGCUGCAUCGGCGUGUAUUCCGGCGAGUUCGCCGGUGUUCAAGGAUCCGAAGUUCAUGAAGGAUAGGGAGGGGUUGACUGGGAGGAGUUGGAAGAAGGAGGAUAUGGAGACGGGGAGGGCGCAGGCGGUGCCGGAAAUAUUGGCAGGAUUUCAGUUCCUGGAGGGUUUGUUCGGAGAUGGGAGGGAGUGGGUUCUAGGGACAAAGGAUGUGAGCAUCGGGGAUAUCGAAGCUGUAUGGCCAUUCCACUGGCUGAAUACUAUGCCCGGAGCCCUUCCUCCUGCUCUCAUCUCGCCUAAACGGUUCCCCAAAACCUUCGCCUGGAUCUCCCGCUUUGACAAACUCGUCAAGUCCGCCCAAAAGUCCCUCGUUUCAACAUCCUCCCUCGCAGGCCUAGACGCAGCCAAACGCAUCCUCUCCUCUGAUUUUGUCGAUGCCAAAGUUGCCGCCGGUUCUGGUGCUGGCGUGAAAAUGGGAGAGGACGAGCCUAGUGGAUUGAAGGUGGGAGACGAGGUUCGUUUGUCGCCGACAGAUUCGGGGGCGAGCCAUAAAGAUGUGGGUAAACUGGUCUGGUUAGAUGAGGAAGAGAUCGUGAUUGAGAAGAAGAGCGAGAACGACAUAUUUGUUAGGGUUCAUGCGCCUAGGCAUGGGUUCAAGGUCGUGAGGGCGGAAACUGCGGCGAAGUUGUAGGUCCGAGUAGGGCGAUAACUGUCCAAUAUAGUAUGCUUUUUUACGAUGUGUACAC